AUGGCUGAAGCUGGCGGCCCUGCACCUAUGCCUGGCAUGGCACUUAUGCCCCCAAUUGCCAGCGCUUCGACACACGCCGCCGGUGGGCCUAUGAAUCAAGGUGGCGGUCAGUACCCAGCACCCCCUCAGCAGCAGAGCUACAACCCAACAACUGGAUAUUUUCUGCCGACACAGCCUGUCAAUGCAGCUCCUCAGGCUGCUGGAAGUUCACAACAGCCCCUCCAGCAGCGGACCGACGACUCACUGGCUGGAAUGGGUGGUCUGUCGAAUUCAUCUCUGCUGACGCAGCCGGUCAAUCCAGCCCCUCAGGCUACUAUCAGGCGGGAACGAGGGCAGCCGCAACAAGUGGAGCAGCCCUAUCACAGAGUUCUGGGGAAUCUGAGAGGCCAACAUGAAGACCGUAUGGCGAGGGUGGCGCAGGAGGAGGAGCAGAGGGGACUCACCCAGCAGGCACCGCGUACGCAGACGUUCCCCGGCUAUGGAGCGCCAGACACACGCGGCGCCCCUGUAUCGCAAGAUUGGGGAGGUGCGGCGCCAAUGCAGCAAGGGCAACAGGACUCGAGGUCAACACGGGGUUUCAACCCCGCGUAUGCACCAUCAAUGGAGGGACCACGCCGACAACAAGCACGUCCCCCUCCGCUCGUUAUUCCCUCGGACCCGAACAGCGAUCUCGAUCUCUAUGAUGUAUCUCCACAGCGUGUGCGGCCAAUAGGUGAGUUUACGCCUGCGCCGGACGACCAUAUUGGAAUAGCAAUGGGAUGGCCAGCACCUCGCGAAAUGACCGACACUCAAGGUAGUAACCGCCCACGGGAAAGUGCGUCGCCCGGGUCUCCAGCAGACCCACGGCAAGGACCUGGCUCUCCAAUGAGUGUCCAGACCAGUCCUGCACCACCAAGAGCCCCACGGCAAGGAUCUGGCUCUCCAAUGAGUAUCUCGACCAGUCCUGCGCCACGAGGCUCGCAGCCAGCAUCACCAGCUUGCGCUUCAUUUCCUGCACAAGGUUCGACACCCCCUGCUUCAAGAAGCGGCCAAAGCAAGCCAUCAGGCAGUGGGCAGACGAAGAGCCCAGCUGCUGACCCGAAGAAAGAACUUGCUGAACAGAAGAAGGCACAGAAGAAGUUAGAUAAGGAAGCUGCUGACAAGCAGAAGGCGGACGCCAAAAAAGCCAGGGAUGCUCUGGCUAAACAAGCCAAAGAAGCUGAAGCCGCCAGGAAGGCUGCAGAGAAGCUGAACAAGAAGAAAGAUGACCGGGGUGGAAAUGGAGGACCUUCCGGAAAGGGUAAGGGUAGGGCCAAGUGA